AUGUCUUUUGGUGCUACUAGGAAAUUGCUUUCGAACUCCCCAAAACUGCUACAGUUUCGUCGUAGCUUUAACUUGCCCGAAUACCAAAGCAAAAUUCUGAUGAAUGAGUACGAUCUUGCUGUGCAGGAUUUUCGCAUAGCAUCGUCUGUUGAAGAAGCGGAGCGCAUAGUUGCGUCGUUUAAACCGAACUUGUAUGUUCUCAAGGCUCAAGUUCAAGCUGGAGGUAGGAAGUUGGGACAUUUCGCUACUGGCGGCGGCAGUGGUAUCCAAUUUACCAAUGAUCCGCAAGAAGUCCCAAUCAUUGUUUCUAAAAUGAUAGGAAAUCGUUUGGUAACGAAGCAAACAACCGCUGAUGGCGUAGUUGUGAAUACCGUAUGUUUUUAUCCCAUUCUUCCUCCUCUUUUCCAAUAUCUUCAUGCGUCUGAUUUUAAGCAGGUCAUGAUCGCUGAUGCUGUCAACUUGAAGAAAGAACGAUAUCUAGCGAUUCUUUUAGAUCGUGAAGCUUGUUGUCCUGUUGUCGUUACUUCUGUUGAGGGUGGUGUUAAUAUUGAAGAUGUUGCGCGCACUAAUCCUGAUACAAUAAAUAGGGAAUUUAUUGAUUUGCAAGAAGGAAUGACUGAUAAAAAAGCCGGGGCCAUUUCAUGUUCCCUUGGUUUUCCUCCUGGCUUCACACAGCACAAGUUCAUGUGCUCUCAGCUGAAGAAUCUGUAUAAUUUAUUCGUGGAUCUCGAUUGUCUUCAGGUUGAGAUCAAUCCACUUGGAGAGAAAGAGGAUGGUUCCCUGGUUAACAUGGAUGCGAAAUUUUCGUUUGAUAACAAUGCGGUGUAUCGUCAGCCGCGAGUGGCGGCACUAGCGGCGCAAUCGCGCAAACUGGACUUGGAGGCGGCGGGAGAGCACUCGUUACUGGCGCUGGAGACCAGUGCGGAGGCUCAUGGCCUCAACUACAUCGGCCUACCCGACGGCACCAUCGGAUGCAUGGUGAACGGCGCUGGACUCGCUAUGGCCACUCUUGAUCUCCUCUCUCUACACCGUGGCAGGGCCGCUAACUUUCUCGAUCUCGGUGGCAAAGCUUCACAGGCUGACGUGGAGUUUGCUCUGCAGACACUUGCCUCUGACGACCGAGUGAAGUGCAUUUUGAUUAACAUCUUCGGAGGCAUCGUGAACUGCCGGAUGGUGGCGGAGGGUAUAGUGGCGGCUUGCCGCCGGCAAAAGCCGCGGGUGCCCCUCGUGGUACGCCUGGAGGGCACAAACUCAACGGAGGGGCGCGAUGUGCUGCGCGCCCCCGGGCUCGAUAUCCACAUCGCUAAAGACAUGGAAGAGGCCGCCAGUAUGGCCUGUGGGCUCACGGAGUAG